CUUAGAUGGUGAUAAUAAAUUGAAUUGUAUCUCAUAGGACCUCUUUGACAACCCAUUGAUCACAUCGGUGGCUGCCAAACCCAGUCUUCUGCCGUCCUCAUACGAACCGCCACCAUGACUUGGGUCCCCAGCAGCAACAAGACCUGUCAGAUCCUCAAGGCUGCCGAGGAAGGCGGCUACGGCGUGGUCGCGCCCAUCGCAUACAACAUUGAGAACAUCCUCUCCUUCAUCCAGGCCGCCGAGGCCAAGCGCUCGCCCCUCAUCAUCCAGCUCUUCCCCUGGGCCAUCACCUUCUCCAACGGCCUGCUCGUCCACGCCGCCGCCCACGCUGCCAGGCACGCCAGCGUACCCGUCUCCGUGCACCUGGACCACGCACAGGAUGAGGCCAUGAUCCGCCACGCUGCAGACAACCUGCCCUUUGACUCGAUCAUGGUCGACAUGAGCCACUACGAGAUGGACGAGAACCUGGCCAAGACGAGGGUGCUGGUCCAGUACUGCCACGAUCGGGGCAUCGCGACAGAGGCAGAGCCAGGGCGUAUCGAGGGUGGCGAGGAUGGCAUCGCCGACACGGCCGACCUCGAGGGCGCGUUGACGACGGCCGAGCAGGUAGAAGACUUUAUCGCGACGGGCAUCGACUUUCUGGCACCGGCGUUUGGGAACGUGCAUGGCGAGUAUGGCAAAAGGGGCCCCGUGCUGGACUGGGACCGUAUCGACAUGAUCAGGAGGGCGGCCCAUGGGCGCGUGCGCAUCGCUCUGCAUGGUACCAAUGACUUCCCCGAGGAUGUCAUGAAGCGCUGCAUCGCGUCUGGUGUCGCCAAGGUCAAUGUCAACAAGCUGGUGCUGGACGAUUACCUGGUGCAUGUUAAGGAGAAGGCGGCCAAGCUGAGCUUGACGCAAUUCAUGGAGGAAGGGGUGACAGAGGGACGGCGGCUGACAGAGUGGCAGAUGGAUGUGUGUGGUUCGACAGGGAGGGCGUAGGGAAGUAUUGAUCAGAAUCAACUAACGUUGGAAGGAAGAGGCGGGAAUAUAUAGACAAACAGUCAAACAAUCUACUCCUCCUCGUGCUCCUUGUCCACACGGGCCCAUUCACGGCGCAGAUCAUCACGCCACGUCGCCAUGGGCGUCCAGCCUACUUUCUGCUCGGCCGCCUCCAUCAGACUCAGAAUCUUGUCUCGCUUGACGCGAUCCUGCACGCACAGCCCGGCACCAUACAGGCACUGUGCAGAGAGAAUCUGACAGCCCUCGUCCCUCAGCUCCAUGGCGAUUCCGCAGAUGGUAUCCACGCAGCC